AUGACUGAACUGCCAGGACGGCCCGCCGUGGCCCUUGCGACAAGCGCUUCCCCAGGCGCCGAUGUGCUCCUUCGCCCAAUACGAGGGAGCUGUGGCUGUGGAAGAAACCGAUUCAUCGUUACUUUGCCAACCGAUGGCAUUCACCAAGCACAGGUCCUCUUCAACACCGACCCCGUCCAUCAGGUCCCUCUGGGCACCCCGCUGGCCGCCUACCUGCGCGUGCCUCUCUCCUGGUAUCACAGCACGACCUUCGCCCAGUUCCCCGACGAGACCCACGCGAUGAUCCGAAGAGUCUACACGCCUCCCAACCGGGGCUCCCCGAUGCGACAUUUCUGCGGCUUCUGCGGCACGCCCCUCUCCUACUGGUGCGAGAAUCCCAUCAGCGAAGCCUCUUUUAUCAGCCUCACCCUCGGGAGCCUCCUGCAAGAUGAUCUACGGGAUCUCGAGGACAUGGGACUGCUCCCCGACGACAGAUCGGACAGCGAGCAAGAGGCGAAGGAGGGAGAGGGCGAAGAGGGGCCUGCAAGCCCGGGUCUCAGAUUGGCCAUGCGAGAAUCAUACGGCGUCCCGUGGUUUGAUGGGCUGGUCGAAGGGACUCGCUUGGGGAGGAUGAGGCGGACGCAGGGCAUCCGGAGCUCUGGGGAUGGCAGGGUGAGGGUUGAGUGGGAGAUUGUGGAGUUUGAUGGCGAUGACGAAGAUGCCAACGAAGGACAGGAAAUGGAUGUGGACACAGCGCCCGCGGCUGGCGGGAAGCGGAAGCGCGAGAGCACAGAUGCGGCAAGCAAUCUGAAAUAA